AUGAGACCAGGAUCGGGUGAUGCUACCCAACCGGCCAAGCCCCGGUGGGCAGAUAUCGAUGAGGAGGACGGACAGGAGGAGUUGGACCUCCUCCUUUUGCCGCCAAAGCAGGUGAUUGGUCCCGACGAGAAGGGGAUGAAGAAGGUGAUUGAAUACAAAUUCAAUGAAAAGGGUCAGAAGGUCAAGAUCACCACCACCAUCAGGACCAAAUCUCGCCUCAUGAGUAAGGCGGCCAUGGAGCGGCGCUCCUGGCCAAAAUUUGGUGGUGCCGUCAAUGAAGACGCCGGUGCCAAUCUGACAGCGGUUUCCAAAGAGGAGAUCAUGCUCGAACGCCCCAAGGCUCUUGGCGCCAACAAGGCACAAGAACUACCAAAGAGUACUAGUGGUAAUGGAGGAGGCAAUACUACUCUCAAGGUUUGUAGGACUUGUGGUAAGAAAGGUGACCACUGGACUGCACAGUGCCCAUACAAAGAUCUUGCCCAGAAGAGUUCCGAAGAUAUUAGCUCAUCCGAGGCAGCCACAACUAGCAAGAUUGGUACAUACGUUCCUCCGGGUUUGAGAGAAGGAGUGAAGAGGGCUCUGAGGAAUGAUGAAAAUUCAGUUCGGGUCAGCAACCUUUCGGAGGAUACCCGGGACCCCGAUUUGCAUGAACUUUUCAGUCCUUUUGGUGCCAUAAGCCGUGCUCAUGUUGUUCUUGAGAGAGACACCCAAGUUAGCAGAGGAUUUGGUUUUGUUAACUUUCUCAACAAGGAACACGGCCAAAGAGCCAUAGACAAACUCAAUGGGUAUGGUUAUGACAAUCUCAUCCUUCGGGUAGAAUGGGCCACGCCCCGGCCCAGGCCCAAUUGA